CAGCCGAGAAUGGCAUGCAGGCCUACUGCCACCCUCCCCGUAAUUUCCGUCUUAAAAAGGCAGGAUCGAACCGCUUACUGGCUGCGAAGUUUCCGACCCUGACCACUGUAAGUUUGCAUUUAUUAGAGUCUUGCCUAAAAGGAGUCACACCAUAUGUGCUCCUUUUUUGUCUGGCAUUCAUGCACAUUAUUGAGUGCAUCGAUUUUUGUUUGCUCAGUAGUUCCCCAGUGAAACCCUGGCUCCUCCCGCGACGCCGAAGCGAGCUGGGGUGCAGGGGAAGAGGUGCCCCCGGGCACUUCUCACAAAUUACGGAGCAGCGGCCCCAUUUACAAACAAGGCAAACUCCCAGCCCGCCCCACCCAAACACCACCAACUCCGCGCGCGGCGACGCUCGGCCCGGCCGGCCUCCUGCGGCCGGAAGUCCACGACGCGGAGCCGGAAGCCGGGCGAGGGCUGGGGCAGGCCUCUCCGGGGGAAGAAGGGGUGGCUGUUGAGGCCGUUGAGGCCGCGGAUCGUAGCGCGAGGCUCCAGAUGGAGGCGGCGCCGGACCCCGGACCGGGGCUCUGCUGCAAGCCCGGCGGGCGGCUGGACAUGAGCCACGGCUUCGUGCACCACAUUCGACGGAACCAACUCGCCCGGGACGACUACGACAAGAAGGUGAAGCAAGCGGCCAAGGAGAAGGCGAGGAGGCGGCACACGCCCGCGCCGACACGGCCCCGCAAGCCCGACCUGCAGGUGUACCUGCCGCGACGCCGAGAUGACUCUACCCGCCCAAGCAACCCAGACUAUGAGGAGUCCGGCGAAAGCAGCAGUAGUGGUGGCUCCGAGCUGGAGCCUUCUGGGCAUCAGCUCUUCUGCUUAGAAUAUGAGGCCGACAGCGGAGAGGUCACGUCAGUUAUCGUGUAUCAGGACGAUGAUCCAGAAAGGGUGAUAAAGGAGGUGUCAGCCCACACGCCUCUGGAUCCACCCAUGCGAGAGGCCCUGAAGUUGCGCAUCUGGGAGGAGAUUGCAAAGCGCCAGAGCCGACCCUGACCAGAUUGGACACAUCCUCACCAAGCUGGAUUCUCUGCAGCACUCAAAAGAAUUCUGCCCAGGAGCUCCCCACUGGUUUGGGUGUGCCAGAAUCGGUCUGUGCUGACCUUGAGACCCACCACCCCACCUGACCCCUAGAGCUGCUGGCAACCACAGAAGAAGGGUAUUGCAGGAAUACACCUCGCCUCCUUGCAGCCAUUCUUUCCUGUAUUUUGGUCUAUAUUACCAGCCUAAUAUUCUGGAAUUUUCUGAGAACUCUGUUCAGCUAGCAUGGUGUUCUGGAAGCAGAGACUCCAGACAGAGCUGGGGUUUAUGAAGCUUUCUCAUUGAGAUCAUUUGCCAUGGGACACCCAGCUGCACCUGCUCCACCCUGCCCCAUGAGCCAUGUUUAUUAUUUUAUGGUUCCUUUUUUGUGCGUGUUCUCACUUCCAUCCAGUGCCAUGUUUUCCUAGCUCUUUUUUUCAACUCUAUUUCUUUCUUCUUUCCUUCCUCCCAUCAUUCUGCCUCAGAUAGAAUCUAUCAGUUCUCCUUCCACCCCUGCCCUCAAGUGACUGCCCUCUGGAUGCCAGUCACACAAGAGUCUUCUCAAAAUUACAGUGCCUCCAGCUGCUCAGGGCUUUGCAAGUAGCGAGUUCUGAGAACCUCCCUUUCUCACAAGACCUCCGCAUUACUGCUGCCAAUAAAGUGGAAGACGCUUUGUUUUUGAGGCCUACUUGAAAGCUGUCUCCCUCCCCUUCCAUGGCUUUUGCGAGUUUCUCACAUGUACCACUGCCUUGCACUGUCUAGAUAGAAGACCUAGGAAGAAGAUGCCAGAGCUAAACCUCAAGGAUCUCUUGUGGGAAAACCUGCCUUGGUUAAGGCUACAGAAUUCUAGCUUCCGACCUCAUCCCUAGCUGGGAACAGACUAUCCUCUGCUCAGAGUAAAGGGAAAUUAACAAAACAAGCUUGAAACUGACUCUAAAUGUGGCACAACUGUCUUGAAAAUACUUACAAAGGGAAGUUCAACAUUAGCAAUAAUUGCCUGUUUGGAGUUCUAAUUGCAAAAAAAAAAAAAAAAAAAAAAAAAAAA